AUGACACUGAUCAACCGCACAAUAUGUGCGCCCUUGUCUUGCCCAAUUACUACAGUUGACAUUGACAACAACAUCAUUACUGUUGCUGAGUGGGUUGCGCGGUAUGCGAAUUUUACUCUUACGCAGUUUCUGACCUGGAACCCAUACAUUGGACUGAGCAUUAUGGCACACGGAGAUACGGUGUGCUCUGGUCCUCCGGGUGGUGCUUAUGUUGUGCCCUCCGCUACUGCUUCGGUGAAAACGAUAUAUACCACAGCAGCAACCCCGACAAGUCCUGUUCCUUCUGGUACCACUGCUGAGUGUGGCUUAUACUAUACGGUCGCAAGUGGUGAUGACUGUGCUUUAAUCUGCGAAGCAUACAGUCUAACACUGGACCAAUUCAAGUUAUUAAACCCUUCGAUUAAUGCCACUUGCGGCAAUCUGCUAGCAGGUGAUGAUUAUUGUGUUGCGCCUAUUAAUGGAACCUAUGUCACAACGACGACACCAACAACUACCAUUUCCACCACCGCAAGCUUUGUCACUCCUCCUAGCGCGACCGUCACCGGCACCACCUCCGAGUGCUACCAAUAUUACGAAGCGCAGGCCGGUGACGGCUGCGACAGUAUCGAGUCCAAGUACGGGCUCACUCAGGCCGAAUUCAUCGCUCUGAACACAUACAUCGAUUCCUCUUGCAGUAAUCUAUGGCCGGGCUAUAGCUACUGUGUAGCGGGAAUUCCCCUUGCUAACAUUAGCAGCAGCAUAACAGCUACCGCCACGACGACGACGACCGGUGAGGUCACCACCCCAACACCAACCCAAACGGGCAUGGUCACCGGUUGCACCAGUUUCUAUGAGGCGCAGUCCGGGGAUGGAUGCUGGGCGAUUGCGGUGGAUCAUGGAAUCACACAGGCUGAGUUUAUUGAAUGGAACCCGGAUGUAGCAUCGGACUGUAGUGGUCUCUGGCCGGACUACUACUAUUGUGUUGCUGUUUAG